AUGACAUCGCCCAACACUGGAUAUCCACAGGGAUCGAUGGAAGAGGCAGCGCUCAAUCCUGAAGUCACGUUCAAGGAGUUAUGGGCGCAGGCCGUCAAGAAAAUUGAGCACAGCGACAUUGUGAAGUCGCCUCGAUGGAACCGCAUGCUCGAGGAUAUGUCGACUUGCCGUAGCGCUCAGGAAGUGUGCAUGAAGAUGGAGAAGGCGGUCUCAGCACUGAAGGAUUUUCGCCGCGGCAACUCUCAGUGGGCGAAUCUGCGGACCAGGUAUCUCAAACCAGCCGCGGAGGUGCUAUUCGUCAUCAACAACGCUGUCUCAGCGGUGGCGGCAGGUAUACCAGGUAUGCCAGUAGGGAACACGAUAUUUGCGAUGUUAGGCAUGCUGCUCGAGGCUACAAAGGGCGUGAGCGAGCGUUUUGAGGCGCUCUCAGAGUUCUUUGAAGAGAUGAGCUUCUUCUGGACUAGCCUGAAGGUUCGGGUGGACAACCGUCAUCAGUCUGUCGGACCUGCGGCGCAGACGGUCGACAUCGCCAUUCUUGCACAUCUCCUUGACACUAUCUUCCUCGCGAUUGAGAUCGUUUCAGAGCCUGUAUUGCGUGCGCGUUUAGGUUUUUUCUGGAACGCCCUUGCGAAAAACGACAAGGUGCAGAGUGCAUUGAAGCGCCUUCGUACUCUCACGGAUAUCGAGACACGUGCUAUUGCCGCUGAGACGCAAUACCUCGUAUCAGACGUCCAUGCUAUCAGCGCUGAGACAAAGAAAGUGAUAGAGGCUUGGAGAGAAGAACUGUCGAACGUGAGACAAGCAGAGAAAAACCGCCGUGUGUUAGCCGAUGUACUGGCAAGGCUUACUCCGGCCAGUUCGGCCAGCAUAGAUGCCCAAAGUGUCGAAGGCUGUAUGCCGGGGACACGCCUCCGUAUAUUGAAGGACCUCCAAGAUUGGAGCCGUGAUCCACAAGCGCAGAAGAUAUACUGGAUGAGUGGCAUGGCUGGUACCGGAAAGUCGGCCAUUGCGCGCUCUUUCUGCCACAUUCUCCGCGAAGAUAGUAUGCUUGGGGGAAGUUUCUUUUGUUCUCGCCGUGGUGACGUGGAAAAUGGCGAUGUGAAACGCAUCCUUCCUACCCUCUGCGCUUCUUUGAUCUCGUACAGCACUUCUUACACGCGAUCGCUUCUUUCUGCACUCGAAGGCCGCAAAGACCGAGGCCUCUCUCCCCACCUGAAUCUUCGGAAACAGAUUGAAAUGAUAUUGGAAUCACCCUUCUCGGAGAUGAAGAACAUUCCCGAGCCAAUCGCAGUAUUGGUUAUCGACGGGCUAGACGAGUGUUUCAAUGACGAUGUCACCGGUGACAUGCUUCGUGAGCUAGUCAAAGUCGCGCCUGGUCUACCCCUCAAGUUCUUCCUGACUUCUCGGCCAGAGCCCGCUAUUCGUCGACAGCUCGAGAAACUGGACCUGGUUCUCAGACUACAUGAUAUAGAGAAAUCAGUUGUAGGAGCCGAUAUAUCAGCUUACUUGACGGCCGGUUUCUGCUCAAUCAGGAACGAACGACGAGGGGAAUUACCACUUGAUUGGCCCUCGGCUGGAGAUAUCGAUGUCGUGGCGCAGCUCUCUGGUAAACUGUUCAUCUAUGCCUUCACUGUAUUACAGUACGUGAGGCGCCGCGAUCCCAGGGGACGAUUACGGAAACUCCUGGGGGACAUAUCUUCUCCGGACUCUACUCUCACGCGAGCACUGGAUGACAUCUACAGCCUGGUUCUCACGGAGGCUCUAGAUCCUGGCAUAUAUUCAGGCCAGGAAAUUGAUAUCACCCGCCAGGUGCUGACGGCAAUCUUGUCUUCCUUGCAUCCGCCGUCAAUUCAAGCACUCGCGGGACUGUUCGAUGUUGAUCCUCCGGACAUUCGAGCAGCUUUGGACCGUCUUUAUGCCGUGAUAUAUGUCCCCUUGCGCGAUGAUAUCGAUGGCCUUUCCACCUUUCAUACCUCCUUCGGCGACUUCCUCAACUCGCCCGCGCGAAACCCAUUUUACAUUGCCGAGACCAUGUCCGAGCGGCAUCAGAUGCUCGCUACAAAAUGCCUGGGGGUUUUGCUGUCGAAAAGACUUCACUUCAACAUGUCGGAUGCACGUACUUCGUACCUGCCUACCUCCGAACAGAGGAUUGCGUGCAUUGAUCAGAGUGUCAUCUAUGCGUGUACUUCAUUCUCGGCUCACAUGCGAAAUGCCGAUCAUCCUUGUCGUCUUCUCGCUACACUGGGGAUUAUUUUCAUGGGUCCCAGAUUCUUGUUUUGGUUGGAAGUUCUCAGUGCAAUCGGCCGCUUGGAUAAUGCACAGACAAUUCUUGAUGAUUUGUUGCUAUUGGUUCCAAUCACGCUACUGGCGCCUCUAUUGACCUUAUUUCUCCAUGAAGCGCGGGAUUUUAUUGAAGCCAAUAAGGCCACUAUCUCUGAGAAGGUUACUGACAUCUAUCUUGUCGCGCUUCCACUCACCAACAGGUGGUCAUUCAUCGACUACUACUGCAAGCCAUACUUCUCACAGUUGGCCGUGGUGUCUGAUUACCACAAGUUUGAUGGGCUACUGCAGAUAACAACCGGAUCGCAGGGCGAUUGCGAUGGUCAAUUCGUCGGGGAGACUACUGGUGGUACCUUUCGUGUCUGGAACCUGAAGUCGGGGAAGCAGCUCAACCCAGGAUGGCCAACAGGUCCGCGGCCGGAAAGCUCUAUCACUUUCUCGAGGGACGGGCGGUGGGUAGCAUACAUCGAAGACGAUAGUCUGAUCAGGAUUCAGAAUGCCGGAAAGAUGAAGGAACACCUCAGGCUCCCUCCUCUGGCAGACAGUGGCAUCACCUGUCUCGCAUUGACAUCUAAUGGGCGGUAUCUUGCAUCUGGCUCCUCCAGUGGCAUCACAUAUAUCUGGGACCUCGAGACCGCGGAAUUGCUACAGUCAUUGAGGUGA